AUGGUCAUUUCGGGCCUUUUCCAACUUUUUGAGCGCCAGUCUGCUACUCCCCCUCCGCCCCAAUACAAGGAUGAAUCCAACGCAGGUGCCCUCCUCGCAAUACACGGCACCUUUGGAGGCGUUGCCAUCCUCGCGGUUCUCCUUCGGCUCUACGUGAGAAUUUUCCUACUCAAAAGCCUCGGGAUUGACGAUUAUAUUAUGGCUGCUGCUGCGAUUUGUGAGAUUGGCGUCAUUGUCUGUUUCGUGGGCGAAAGCAAUGCUGGAGAACUCGGGCGACAUCCAGCGCUUGUCAGCCUACCCGAUGCAACUCUCUUCUCACACUGGCGUUUCUUCCAUUCAAUCAUCAUCAUGGUUGGCAUUAGCCUUGUCAAGAUCUCGAUUGCAUUCUUCCUGCGCAGAUUCGUGCCAAGCAAAUACUACCAGCGUUUUCUUCUGGGAUGCAUUGUCUUUCUCGUUGCCUUUACGAUUUCUUGCGCUGGUACCCUCAUUUUCAACUGCGGCACACGCGUCGAUGCGAAUUGGAAUUUCGCUCUACGGACGACCGGUCAAGCCAAAUGUUUCAGCAAUAACACCUUUACGAACAUCGGGAUCUUCAACAGUAGCAUCAACAUCGCAACGGACGUGCUUUUUGCGCUGCUUCCAAUACCAGUGGUGUGGAGACUGCAAGCAAAUCUGCGGACGAAGCUGACCUUGUGUUUCGUACUAAGCUUGGGGCUUUUCGCUUGCGUCUCCAGUAUCAUCAAAACAGUCAAACAGGCUCAUGCUCUGGCAGACCCUGACUGGACCUAUCACGAUGCCUUCUUCAUGUGGAACAAUAUCGAGUUCAACAUCGGUAUUUUGGCUGCUUCUCUACCUUCGUUGCGUCCUCUGUUCGCCAAGGUACUCGGUGUCACCCAAAAAUUGACGUCGAGCAACAGUCGCAAUCGGGCAAAUUAUGGAUACGACGCCGAUGGACUCGCCUAUGGCAAAAGCAAAAACGACAAACGUUCUUCUCGCAAACCCGCCAGCCAGUACUACCAAUUCGACUCACGACAAUCGACAGAGCUGGGAGAAUUGCAAAGAGGUGCUAGCCAAAAAGGGCCAAUGGUAACCAGCACGGUAACCGCAGGCGACGACGACAGCGACAAGAUCAUGUUGGAACAGGAUGUUCAUGCUGUCACCACCGACACUCAAUGGACGAAACCCAUCCAUGGAGCAAUCACGAAAACCACAACUGUAGAGAUCUCGAGAUAUUAG